UACUGCUACCACAACAACAACAAGAUCACCCACCUACCCACAAACCCACCCACCUAUAACGAGUACAAAACAUAAGCUAACUACAUAAUACUGCACUACCAACACCACCAAUCCUUAGGCGAUCAUCAUUGUGGAGGUCGAAAACAACGAGGAAGAAGAUCUCGAAAUCGAUCCCAUGGCCGUUGCCGCAUCCGGCUAUGGUCACAAAGGUGGCAAAAAGUCCAAAAAGCACAAGGCGCACUACGGCGAUAAGGGCGUGAAGGGAUACAAAGGCAAGAAAUGGGGCAAAAAGGGCAAGAAAUACUUCAAGAAGCACUUCGACAAGAAAUACAAGAAGAAGAAGGGACACCACGAGGGCAAGAAGUUCCACGGCGAUUUCUUCAAGGGCAACAAGGGACAUAAAGCCGCGAAAUAUGGAAAGAAAGGUCAUCAUAACAAAGGUCACAAGACCAAGGGGUUUAAGAACACAUACCACAAGAAUGAAUACAGCAAGAAAACCAAAUUCUACGACUCCUUUGACAAUGGCGGAUAUCACAAGAAAUUCGGAGGUUACAAAGGCUAUUAUGGGGGAAGCAAAGGCAAAAAGUUCAAGGGGGGCAAGCACACCGGAGGAUUUCAUGGCGAUGACUUUGGAAAGAAAGGUUAUGAUCAAAGCGGAAAAUUCCAUGACGAACACAAGGGCAGCAAAGGACAAUUUGGCCACAAGAAGAAGUACGGAGGCAAGGCUUCUUCCAGCAAAGGGGGUAAAGGAGGAGGAGGCGGAUAUGGGGGUCAUGGCGGCCAUGGCGGUCAUGGUGGCCAUGGGGGCGGUGGUUAUGGUAAAGGCCAUGGAGGCGGCGGAUAUGGCAAGGGGCAUGAUCAUGGCUAUGGCCACAGUGGUCGGCACGAAACCAUUGUUUUACCCACCGUUCCAUACGAUACGGAACUGCCCACCGAUGUUAGGCAAGGCCGUGACAAUGAUGAGGUGGCGUCGCCCAGCAUUAAUGCAGAUUUGAGUUCCGAGCUUCUGAUGGAUGACCCCCACCCCUUUGAAUCCAAUGAUCAUCAUGAUAUUGCGGAAGAUGUGGAUCACCAUAAUGAACAUCGUGCUCAUGCUCUUCCUCCAGCCACAACUACCACCACUUCUUCGUUGGAGCCAGUCGAAUUGCACGGAACCAACCCAGCCUAUGCCGUGCCCGGAGGAUAUGCCUCAACGGGGGGUUACUCGUCUUUAGGAGGCUACCCCUCGCCUGCUCCCGGUGGUUACUUCACCCAAGGAGGAUACUCAACACCAGGAGGCUAUUCGCCACCGAACAACUUCGCCUCUCCUCAAGCUUAUCCUUCGAAGCCAACCACACCAACACAUUAUUAUUCACCGGAACAUUACAAAACAGGCGGGCACGGAUAUCUGAUGGGCUAUCAUGAGAAUCUGUCGCCUAAAACCACACACCCCGUUACCCCUCAAAUAGUGUAUGCCAUCCCAAGUACGCAAGCACCGCAGGCGUACCAUCCGUUUAGUGGAUUCUAUCAAACGAACAGCCGCCAACUCCAAAAGCGAUCUCCUCAGGACAAUUUUGGCCAUCACUCGGGUGAAUUUGACGCGGUCCAAGAUAUCGGUGUGCCCAAAAAGCCUCACUCCAUGUUCGCCUCUUCGUUUGCCCUAAGGAGAAUUCCAAAACUGGAGUUCAAGGACGUGGAAACAACCGCAUCGGGAGUCCCUGUCUUCCACGAUCCCCACAAGUUAAGACCACAAGCUCGAGGAGGUUCCAGCUUUGGAGGGGUGUACAGUUAUGGGCCCAAUCACAACCAGGGUGAACAAUACCCAACAUACGACUAUGAUGACGGAUCAAACCAAGGGAAGGCUCCAAAUUACGACGAUUACGGUCCUGGAGCCAAUAAAGCAUUGGGUGGCAACGUGGACUACAACGACUACGGCCCGGGUGGCCAAGGCGGCGGUGGUGGUGGCUUUGGCGGUUCCGGCCACGGUGCGCAAGGCCAUAAGGCCCACGACAACUCCGACGGAUUUCAUGACUUUGCCGACGUAUUCAACGCCGAUGAAGGUGGUGCUGGUGGCGGCGGCGGCGGUCGAGGUCGUGGCCGAGGCCGAGGCGGACAAAGAGGAGGAGGUGGGGGAGGAGGAGGUGGCGCUGACGAAUUCGAAUUCAAAGAGCAAGGAGGAGGAUACGAUGACUAUGAUCCCGGAAAUGGUCCUUCCCAAGGCGUUCACAACGACUAUGGGGGCUACGAUUACAGCCUCGGCAAUCCUAAUCGAGAACAUCUGCGACAUGGGGGCAAUAGUGGUCAACAAGCCCAGGAUGAUGACGCACCUCCCUACGGCGACUUUGCUUUUGACGAUCCUGUUCCUCAUGACGUGCCUCGAGGCAAUCAAAACAGAGGCGCCGGUGUCGGUUUUGGACCAGGAGCAGGAUUGGGAGGAGGAGUGGGUGGAGGCGGAACCAGAGGAGGAGCGGGUAAUUUCCCCUCUGAUGUUGGUGGAGCUUCGGAUAGCUUUGGGUUUGGAUCCGACCCCGGAUUCGAUUUCCGAUAAGCCGUAACAAGGAAGACGACAACAGCAAAGGAGAAGAAGUGGACCAAGCCCGUCCACAGGCUUUCAUUAUUCACUGAACAAAGACGACAACAAUAAUUUACCCUGAACAGUUUCUGUGAAACGGCAAGGCAUUAUGCAUCGAUGUUAAACAUUCACCUACUAAUUCUAAUAAAUAAAUUCAGAUCACGCCAUUCAA